AAAAAGGGCUCUCUCUCUCUCUCUCUCUUUGUUUAUUUAUUUAUUUGUUGAUGAUAAUUGAUUAAAUAAUGCUACAUUGAUCCUUUUCAUCGGCAAAGAUGUGAUAUUCAUCAUGCUAUAUAUAUAUAAGAGAGACAUGUAUAUCACUUUUACCUGCCCCUUCCAAAAAAAAAAGGAAAGGGGGAAGGAUGAAGUUUUGCCAUUUUAAAAUAAAACAAAUAAAAAGUUGUUUACUAUUAUCUUUUCUUUCUUGUUUAACAAUGAUUGACUAUUCUUUUGAUUUUGUUACCAACAUUACUUAUUUGUGUAUUGAUGAAAUCAGAAAAAGAGGACUUGAUGAGCCCAAAAUUUUUUGUAAAUCAAUGCCUAAUAAGGGCUUGUUUAUCAAGGUCUUUGAUAGACAAGAAUGUACAAAAGAGGACCUCUUGGACGUACAUAUUCACUCAGUUGCUUCACUUAUGCUGGAAACCCUUUGGAGUGGACAUGACCGUAUCAUUUCAAAAAAAACCUGGCGAAAAAUAAAUUAUUCAACAUGCACACUAUCGAGUCUUUCUAAUACAAUCAGCAGUAAAAGUGAACAGUUUUUAAUUGACAUAUUAGAAUUUUUGAUUGAAUUACUUGACCACAAACAACAAAACAAACUAAAUGCUUACAAGCUAGGUGAUGCUUUGGGGAAAGUAGUCUUGGGUCCUGCCGACUGUAGUCCCAUCAUGGCGGAAAAAGCGGGUCAUUUCUUAACUCGAAUGAUAAUAGAACAUGCCAAAAUUAAACAUCGUCAGAAGAAAGCUACACAGGCUAAACUUAUACAUCGUAUUGAUUCUGGAUACCAAGACGCGCCCUCGUAUUCAUGCCAUAGCUUUUACAGCGAAUAUCGACCUAUCUGCAAGUCGCAAGGCACAUUGGCCAGAGCAAAACACUAUAAUAGAGUAGCCUCCCGAAAGAAAAAGGCGAGUCUAGAUUGGACGGAUCAUAUAUUGGGCGUUCAGUCCAUGUUGGAUAAUGACUAUGAUUUGAUUCCUGAACCUCCAGAAAAACCAUGGAUAUCUAUCUUUACUAGUGCUGAUAUGCUAUCUAAAAAGAAUAUACAUGCUUCUCCAAUACUUUACCGUAUCUUGCGUGAAGCUUGUAAGCCCUUGCUUCCAAAGCGCUCUGAUCCUUUUAGUAUGUCGUACCUGUUUAGCUCCAAAGCAUUUUGGGUAGAGGCCCAACUCGCUCAAGCCUUCAAUGAGUUUUAUGCCAUCAGAAUCUAUACAGAAAACAUGAUCAAACUGUACGAAUCACAAGAUAAGUCCAAUCCAUUAAAAAAGCUGAACAAUUCACUUUCACAUCUCAAGCUGAAUAUCCGCAAAUAUGCAUCCAAGCAUGAUUUCUUUGAUAGUGAAGAAACACUUGUCGGGCUGUCAGAACCACCACGACAAAAAUCAGCACAAGUCAAGAACGCUAUGAAGAAAAUGGUUCGUAUGAGUCAUUCUCAACAUGGAGGAAAAGGUGAUAGAAUUAGCCAUAUUCUUGUCUGAACUGUCAUUUAUUGACGUGCCGGCUAUGUUUUAAUCCAAAUGUAUCUUCUUCUUUUUUUUUUCAUGCGCAAUUUAUCUUGUUCAUAUCUUUAAAAACCAUAAUAAUUAUCAUAAUAAAGGAUUACCUCAAGUUUGUUUGCUCUAUUUUUCAUGAGGUGAAAAUAAAUUAGUAAUUAUGUUAGGUAUUUAUA